AUGUGGCUGCCACGCAUCUCCAGCACCGCGGUGACUGCGCUCCUGCUGGCUCAGACAGGUCUCCUGCUCUUCCUGGUCUCCCGGCCCAGACUGACAACCCCAGCGAGUGGCGAGGAACGAGUGCACGUGCUGGUGCUGUCCUCCUGGCGCUCAGGCUCCUCCUUUGUGGGCCAGCUCUUCAGCCAGCACCCUGAUGUCUUCUACCUAAUGGAGCCUGCGUGGCACGUGUGGUCCGCCCUGUCGCAGGGCAGUGCGCCGGUGCUGCACAUGGCAGUGCGUGACCUGGUGCGCUCGGUCUUCCUGUGUGACAUGGAGGUGUUUGAUGCCUACCUGCCCUGGCGUCGCAACCUCUCCGAUCUCUUUCAGUGGGCGGUGAGCCGCGCGCUGUGCUCUCCGCCGGCCUGCAGUGCCUUUCAACGAGGAGCCAUCAGCAGCGAGGCCGUGUGCAAGCCGCUGUGUGCACGGAGGCCCUUCGGCCUAGUCCAGGAAGCCUGUCGCUCCUACAGCCACGUGGUGCUCAAGGAGGUGCGCUUUUUCAACCUGCAGGUUCUCUACCCGCUGCUCGCCGACCCAGCACUCAACCUGCAUAUUGUGCACCUGGUGCGCGACCCGCGGGCGGUGCUGCGCUCACGCGAACAGACAGCCAAGGCACUGGCACGUGACAAUGGCAUCGUGCUGGGCACCAAUGGCACAUGGGUGGAGGCCGAUCCGGGCCUGCGAGUGGUGCGCGAGGUGUGCCGCAGCCACGUGCGCAUCGCUGAGGCCGCCACCCACAAGCCACCGCCCUUCCUGCGUGGCCGCUAUCGACUGGUGCGCUUCGAGGACCUGGCACGAGCACCGCUGCCCGAGAUCCGUGCACUUUACGCCUUCGCCGGCCUGAGCCUCACGCCGCAGUUGGAGGCCUGGAUCCACAACAUCACUCAUGGGUCCGGGCCUGGUGCGCGCCGCGAGGCCUUCAAGACCACAUCCAGGGAUGCACUCAAUGUCUCACAGGCCUGGCGCCAUGCGCUGCCCUUCACCAAGAUCCGCCGCGUGCAGGAGCUGUGUGCCGGCGCGCUGCAGCUGCUUGGCUACCGGCCCGUGUUUUCCGAGGACGAGCAGCGUGACCUCUCCCUGGACCUGGUGUUGCCGCGUGGCCCAAGCAGCUUCAGCUGGGCAUCGUCCACCGACACGCACCCCGGGCCUUAGCAGUGGG